UGCUGGCUUUCCCAUUCUCUCGGACAUUAUCAUCAAUUUGGCCAUCGGGGCUUGAGGCCCUGGCCUGGUUUUCUUUUCUUUUCUUCACUAUGACCCCUGCUUCUUCCCAAUGAUGCUCCACCCAAAGUGAUUUUUUUUUCUUCUUUCCUUUUUGUGCUGGUCAAAACAAAUCUGGUGGAGCCUCGUCGUCAAAAACGGAUGGGGUUCUUUUCAAGGUCUCGACUGGGUCUGGGUUUCGCAUUGUGGGCAUAGGUUAAAUGGGCAUUUGGCAUUUUAGCAUUUUUUUUUUUGGGGCGCAUGGACCAGGCUGUACUGGGAAUGGCAUCAUUGUAUGACCAAGCUGUGCGGCGGGAGCUGCUUACACCAUGUAGACAAUGUAGAAGACCGAAGUCAUCGAUUCUCUUUCAGCCAUUGUCCAACCGCUCGCUGUCGCCUGUCACUUUUUGCGCGCAAUAAUUACGGGCAGACGACAUGUCCCGCGUCAGGCGGCAGGCAUGUGCCAUGGCCAUCUGUGCCGGCGCCAUCUGCACGAUGCAACGGCACGCUGCACGCUGCGUCCCAUUGCUGCUCUAGCCAACCCCAGCGUGCAGGUGACGGCAUCGCGACAAUUGUUGCUGGUCUUAGUCAGGAUAGCCGACGAGGACAGGAAAUGGGUCUUGGUUUCCCACCAAUUCCCAUCCCUAAACCCUCGCCCCCAGCCCGUGAAAGCUCGACCCGCAGCAACGUCCAGCGCGGGAUUGGCUGGCUAAUCUAUCUAGCCCGAGAAAGAAAGUCUGAGUUGUUUGGUCCUGGAUCUAGGCUGGCUGUUACUUCACACGGCUGUGACGAAUCGGCCGCGGCAUCAUCGACUCUGACUGGAAUGCUCGCGUGCAUGUCUCAUGGCGUUGCCGCCACUCCAGCACGCCGCCGAAUGCUAAGUCGUUAGGUUUUACCUCUUUUCUUUUCCUGUAACCGACUUUCCCGCCUCAUCGACGCCUGAAAAACGAAGCACUUGAAUGUGCAACGAAUGGAGGAGGGAGGGGCAUGCUAGGUCGGUCGCUUAGACUGCCGCCAGCUACGACGAGGGCCCACGCUUCAUAAAGUCCGCCCACGGAUAGGUUUAUAUCCGCGCCGCAAUUGUUCGUACUGGUCAAA